CUAAGUAAUUGACAUUAUUCAAUAUAAUAUAUAUUCGAAGAUUGUUAUACAAUAAAAAUAUCGUCGAACUAAUCGGCUGCAUUUAAUUAUUCAAGUAUCAAAUAUAUUAAAAUAAAAAGUAAAUAUACCAUUUGACAUGUUGCAUAAUAAAGUCUGAUGACAUUUUUUGAUAUUCCACUGAUAUCUUUACAUAGAUGCAGGAAUCUUCAAGUCACAGUUAAUAAUAUAUAUUUAAUUUAAAUUCUGAUUAGUUUAGUAAUAAAAACGAAUUAUCGAUAACAUAGAAUUUUAUAUAAACAUUGUGAGAGGGCACUGAUGCUAUAUCUUUUUCUUUAUUCUUAGGUUAUAUGCUUAUCUAUUAAGAGACACUUGUUCAUGAUUCAAGAGAAUUAAAAUAAUUGAAAAUAGUAUAUGACGGAUUUCCCGCCAACAUGUAGUAGGUUUGUUGAAUGCCUAUUUAUUGUCUGCUUGUUGUGUUCCAUUUAUAUUUUAUAAUAUCUGAGAUAGUUCUUUAUAAUUGUAAUAAUUGUUUAUUCAAGUAAAAUAUUAACAAAGGAAUAAUGAGCGAAGCACAAGAAUCCCCUUCCGGUAGAACGAGAAGGCAAAAAUCUGGAAAAAGUGCAUGUUUAUUAGCAUUACAAAAAUUGAAACAAUUAAAGGGUAGUAAGCACAAAUAUGAGAUUGACGAAUUAGAAAAUGUUUAUGAGGAGGUCGAUGAGCAGGAAUAUAGUAAAACUGUUCUAAAACGUCAAAAUGAUGAUUGGAUUGUUGAUGAUGGUGAAAGUGGAUAUAUAGAAGAUGGUAGAGAAAUCUUUGAUGAUGACUUAGAUGAAACUAGUAUUCAGCAUGCAAUGAAGCAUGAUAAUUCAGGACCUAGAAAGAAGAAAAAGAAUAUUACUAAAACUAAAAAGAGUAUUCAAGAUAUGAUUAUGCUAAUGCCUUCUAAUAAAAAAGUUAGUAAUUCUGUCGAAGAUGAUAUUUUAGGAGAUUUAAUGAGUGAACUUAAAAAAGAAGAUACCAAAAAAGUAUCUAGUUCAAAAAAUGGUAGAGCUACAUUUUGUAAAACAUAUUGUAUAAAUAAUACGAGCAAUCAGGAUGUGGAAAAUAAAAAAGAAGUAACAAGUAACAAUGAUAUAUGUUUAAGUAUGGACAUAUCUAAUGAUAGUGAUAAUGAUGAACCAAUGUUUGGUACAUUAAAUAAAAUAGAUUCUAAGAAAGAAUCAAUAAGUAUCAAUAAGACAUCAAAUAAUAAUGCACAUCCCCAAAGUACAAGUCAAGAAAUUAUUAAUGAUGUCAGCGAUGAGUCCCAGUCAUUAUCCAUAGAUAAAUGCAGUAGUGUGAAAGAAGUACCAGCUAGUCAAAUAAUUGAAGAUGGAAGUCUAGACAUCAGUGAAUAUGUUGGUGAUUUGUCCGAAGUAGAUUUUGAGAAUUCAAGUUUAAAUGAAAAUGAACAUUUGAAAGGAUCAGUGCCCACAAUUUCAAAACCUGAGAAUCAUACAAAGACUAAAUCUCUAACACUCUGCAAUGACUCUGAUAUACUAGAGGAAAAUUCUGAAAUAUUUAAUGAAAUAUGGAAUGAUGAUUUUGGAAUGCAAACUACAAAUGUUGAAGUUUCUGCAGAGAAUGCAGAUGUAUCUAUACCAUUUAUAAAAAAUUCAGCUGGUGAACAAAUUUUUCGUUUUUACUGGUGGGAUGCAUAUGAAGAUUCUUUUAAGCAGCCAGGCAUCGUAUACUUGUUUGGUAAAGCUUAUGUUCCAUCUACUAAAACAUACUGUUCUUGCUGUCUUACAAUAAAAAAUAUUCCAAGAAGAAUUUAUCUAUUACCUAGAGAAUAUAUAAAAAAUUCUUCUGAUUCAGAACCAAGACAAACUAGCAUACAUGAUGUAUAUAAGGAGUUCAAUGAAUUUGCUAAUAAAGCAGGGAUCAAAGAAUUCAGAUCUGGUCAAGUUUCUAAAUAUUAUGCGUUCGAACAAGAAGAUACACCUAAAUUUUCUGAUUACUUAGAAGUUAGAUAUUCUACAAAUUAUCCACUUAUAGAUUCAGGGUAUUCAGGUCCUGCUAUAGAAAAAGUUUUUGGAACUACAGUAAAAAGUUUAGAACUUUUACUUAUAGAAAGAAAUAUUAAGGGCCCUUGCUGGUUAGAUGUCAAAUGUGCAAUUCCUACAGGAGUGCAAACAAGUUGGUGUAAAUUGAAUAUAACGUGCAUGAAAAUGGAAAAUAUUUCUGUUAGUUCAGAAUCUCAAAAUUUAGCAAUACCUCCAAUGAUAAUAGCAACGUUAAACGUACGUGUAUCUGCACAUGCAAAAUCACAACAAAAUGAAGUUGUAAUGGUUGGAAUUCUUCUUCAUCGUAAAUAUAAUAUUGACAAGGAACGGCCAAAAGCACCACAUUUAUUUGAACAAAGUUUUUGCAUUGUAACUAAGCCACGAGAUAUCCCAUGGCCAAGACAAGCACAAGGAGUACUGUCAAAAAUCAAAUAUACUACAAUAAUAAGAUGUGAAAAUGAACAUGAUUUACUUGAAGAAUUGCUUAAGAUAAUAGCGAAUGUAGAUCCAGAUUUAUUCAUCGGUUAUGAUUGUGGAUUUCAAUUUGAUGUUUUGUUACAUAGGAUUUUUAAUCUUAAAGUAUCAAAUUGGAGUAGAAUUGGAAAAUUAAAACGUAGUGUACAUCCUAUUAUUAAAGGAAAAAUUAAUAUAGGUCAAGCAAUGGGUGGUCGUCCUCUUUGUGAUAUACAAAUUUCAGCAAAAGAAUUAAAUUUAAAAGUUAGGAGUUAUGAUUUACAAUCUCUUUGCAUGGCAGUUUUAAAACAAAAUGAAAAUGAGUACAAAGAAUUAAAACCUGGAGAAAGUCCUUUAUUUUAUAAUACAAUAGAAAAAAUGGAAAAUCUUAUAAAACGUACUUUGAUGGAAGCAUCAUAUAUUUUGUCCAUAACACUUGAAUUGGAAAUAUUACCACUUGCAUUGCAAAUUACCUCUAUAGCUGGUAAUAUUUUAUCAAGAACAUUAUCAGCUGGCCGAGCAGAAAGAAAUGAAUAUCUUUUAUUACAUGCUUUUCAUUUAAAAAAUUAUAUAACACCAGAUAAACUGCAAGGAAAAAUAAAAAAAGAUACUGAAGAUAAUCCUCGGAGGAAAAAGGCAGCUUAUGCAGGCGGUUUAGUUUUAACUGCACAAAAAGGAUUUUAUGAUACAUUGAUUUUAUUAAUGGACUUCAAUUCUUUAUACCCUAGCAUAAUACAAGAGUACAAUUUAUGUUUUACCACAGUACCAGGUGCAGCAUAUGCUGAUUAUGAGGAUUUGGAAAUACCAGAUUCGAGUUUAGAACCAGGUAUCAUACCUACAGAAAUACGUAAACUCGUGGAAAGUAGAGUUGAGAUUAAAAAAUUAAUGAAAGCAUCAAAUAUUUCAUCAGAGUUAAAAGCACAAUACAAUAUACGACAAAUGGCUUUGAAACUAACAGCAAAUUCGAUGUAUGGAUGUUUAGGUGCAACCCAUUGCAGAUUUUAUGCUAAAGGAUUAGCUGCUUUAAUAACAUCAAAGGGUAGAGAAAUACUGCAAGAUACAAAACGUAUGGUAGAAAAAUUAAAUUAUGAUGUUAUUUAUGGAGAUACUGACUCUAUAAUGAUAAAAACUAAUAUUCUUGAUUAUGAUGAGGUUUUUUCUAUUGGAAAAAAGAUUAAACAAGAGGUAAACAAGUUGUAUAAAAAAGUAGAAUUAGAUAUUGACGGUGUAUUUCGAUAUUUAUUACUUUUACAAAAAAAGAAAUAUGCUGCUGUUACUAUGACUAAAUUACCAAAUGGAAAGAUACAAUUAAAUCAAGAACAUAAAGGUUUGGAUAUUGUAAGAAGAGAUUGGUGUCAAUUAGCUUGUGAAACUGGAAAGAGAAUUUUAAGUCAACUAUUUUCCGAGCAAUCGAAUGAUACACGAGUGGAAGAAAUAUUCAGUAUUUUACAAACUGUUUCACAAAGUGUCAGAGAAAAUCAAGUACCUUUGUCUUCAUUAAUUGUUACUAAACAACUUUCCAAAAAUCCUCAUGAAUAUUCUGAUAGAAAACAAGCACAUGUUUCAGUUGCAUUGAGAUUAAAUAAGGAAGGUGGUAGAAUGUGGAAAGUUGGUGAUACUAUAUCCUAUAUUAUAUGCGAGGAUGGAACAGAUAAAUCCGCUACAGAAAGAGCUUAUCAUAUUGAUGAAUUUAAGAAAAAGGAUAAUUUAAAAAUCGACAUUAAUUAUUAUUUGAUGAAUCAAAUACUCCCAGUUGUAUUAAGGAUUUGUGAACCAAUAGAAGGAAUAGACGAUGUUUUAUUAGCCAGGAAUUUAGGUUUAGAAAACGUUUAUAAAUCGAAAGCAACAGUUAAUGAACAAAACAAUCUUAAUGCACCAAUUUUGAUAAAUGAAGACAGAUUUAAGUAUUGCUUUCCUUUAAAAUUCAAUUGUAAAAAUGAAAAAUGUAAAACUGAAAUUAUACUAAAUGGUGUUACAUCCCUGAUUCCUGAAGGUGAUCGUCUAUCAUUAGGUAUGUGUCCUAAUCCAGAAUGUACAAUGCCUCCGUGGAAAUAUCUUAAGGCUAUACAAAAUGAAUUACAGCUUGCUUUGAGAUCUCUAAUAGAUACUUACUAUGAAGAUUGGUUAGAAUGUGAAAAUCCUCUUUGUUCAUACAGAACUAGAAAAUUACCACUAACUUUUAAUGCAAAGUAUCCUAAAUGUCCUAAGUGUAUGGAUGCUUUUAUGCAUAAAGUAUAUUCAGAUAUGCAACUGUAUAAUCAAAUUUGUUUUUAUCAUCAUAUUUUUGACAUAAAUCAACCUCAAUAUAAAUCUCUAUUAAGCAACUAUUCGCGAGAAGUAAUAUCAGCAUAUGAGACUUUAAGGGAGACUACUGAAAAAUUCUUAAAGUGUAAUGCAUAUUCAAUUAUAAAUUUAGGUGCAAUAUUUACAUGCAAGCAUUCAAAAUAUUCUAAAAGAUCCAAUAAUCUUAUUGAAAAUAAUGUAUCUUAUGAAGAAACACCUAAUUUAGAAAAUCUAACUAUGGAUGAAUCAGAUGAUGAGUUUAUAAUCAAUUUAAGUAACAAAGGUUUAUUAAUGAAUAUGGAUACUUGAAAUAAAUGU